UCUUCCUGUUGUGGUAACCACGCGCACUCAAUCUCUCACUGCAGCACUUGCUUCAGCGGCAGCAGCGAUUGGCUUCUCCCUCUCUCUCUCUCUGCCUGCCUCUCUCUCUCUCUCUCUCUCUCUCUCUCUGCCUGCCUCUCUCUACCUCUCUCUCCCUCUCUCUCCGGCUGAAGGACCUGCGGUCACCACAGCGGCUCGUACUCUCUCUGCAGGAAGGGGACAGCGGCCGGAUCCUCCCUCAGCGUUUCUGCAUGACUGUCACAAAGAUGUCAUGGCGCCCGACGUACCGAAGCUCAAAGUUUCGGAAUGUGUACGGCAAGGUGGGCAACCGGGAGCACUGCUUCGACGGCAUCCCCAUCACCAAGAAUGUCCAUGACAACCACUUCUGCGCCGUCAACGCCAAGUUCCUGGCCAUCGUCACAGAGAGCGCCGGAGGGGGGUCCUUCCUCGUCAUCCCCAUCACCCAGUCAGGUCGAAUCGACCCCCAUCACCCGAAGGUGUGUGGUCACCAGGGCAACGUGUUGGACAUCAAGUGGAACCCAUUCAUUGACAACAUCAUAGCCUCCUGCUCUGAGGAUUCGUCAGUGCGGAUAUGGGAGGUCCCAGACGGUGGGCUGAAGAGGAACAUGUCCGAGGCGGUUCUGGAGCUGUACGGGCACAGCCGACGCGUGGGCCUCAUCGAGUGGCACCCCACCAGCAGCGGCAUCAUCUUCAGCGCCGGCUACGACUACAAGAUCCUGAUCUGGAACCUGGAGAUCGGCGAGCCGGUGAAGAUGAUUGACUGCCACUCAGACGUCAUCCUCUGCAUGUCCUUCAACACCGACGGCAGCCUGCUGGCCACGUCCUGCAAGGACAAGAAGCUGCGUGUGAUCGAGCCGCGCUCCGGCAGGGUGCUGCAGGAAGCGAACUGUAAGAACCACAGAGUGAACAGAGUGGUGUUUCUGGGAAACAUGAAGCGCCUGCUGACGACGGGCAUGUCACGAUGGAACACCAGACAGAUCGCUCUGUGGGAUCAGGAGGACCUCUCCAUGCCCAUCAUAGAGGAGGAGAUUGACGGGCUCUCUGGGCUUCUCUUCCCCUUCUACGACGCGGACACACACAUGCUCUACCUGGCAGGCAAGGGAGAUGGGAAUAUCCGCUACUACGAGAUCAGCACGGAGAAGCCCUACCUGCAGUACCUGAUGGAAUUCAGGUCCCCGGCCCCACAGAAGGGACUCGGAGUGAUGCCCAAGCACGGUCUGGACGUGGGCGCCUGCGAGGUCUUCCGCUUCUACAAGCUGGUGACGCUGAAGGGGCUGAUCGAGCCCAUCUCCAUGAUCGUGCCGAGGCGGUCAGAGACGUACCAGGAGGACAUCUACCCGAUGACUCCAGGCAAGGAGCCGGCCCUCUCCGCUGAUGAGUGGCUGAGUGGAAUCAACAGAGACCCCGUGCUCAUGUCCCUGAAGGAGGGCUACCAGCGAACGACUCAGCUGGUCUUCAAAGCUCCGGUGAAGGAGAAGAAGAGCGUGGUGGUGAACGGCAUCGACCUGCUGGAGAACGUGCCUCCCAGGACAGAGAACGAGCUCCUGCGGAUGUUCUUCCGGCAGCAGGACGAGCUGCGGAGGCUGAAGGAGGAGCUGGCGCACAAAGACGUGCGGAUCCGACAGCUGGAGCUGGAGCUCAACAACCUGAAGAACGCCCCCAACAACAUGUGACCCCUGGCCUUUCCCCCACCCCCAAUCCCCACCCCACAACCCCCACGGACUCGAGAGGGAGACACCCCACCGCAUUCCACCCCCUCCCCC